AUGCGCUUCGCUUCAGGGAUGAGGUUCUCAGGUAUAUGGCUUCACGCCAUCACCGCCUCAGCUUCCCUAUCCCACAUCGCCUCCCUACGCUGCAGCGAUAACGACGUCCUCCCCACACCCUCGUACGACCUCAAAGGCGCGCUUUUCACUGUGUGCACCGAAGACGUAAUCAACGCCCCCAUCAGUAAAAUCUACGACGCGCUUCUUGACUUCCGCCGCUACAGUACCUGGAACACCUUUGUCGUUGAAGUCGACCUCCCGUCCGACGUGCAGGGACCCGAGGAUGUGUACCCCGGGCUAUCGAUGAACUUCACCACCGCCGGUAUUAUCCCUGGUGCCAAUACCUCCUCAACCGAGGUCAUCGCCUUGCUUGCGCCGGAUGUGCGCGGCUGCAACGGCGAUGCCAGACGAGCCGUCAACGCGUGGGGGAACGACGACGGGCUCGGUGGCGCGUUUCUUCCGGCGGAGCAUCCGAAUCUACUGACGGACUUGGGGAAUGGGUCGGCGAGAAUGGUGUCGUAUGAGACAUAUUACCUCCCCGGAGCGACGACGCUUUUACCGUUGAGAGAGACUUUGCAAGAGAGGUUUGAGACACAAGGGAGAGAUUUGAAGAGGUUUGUGGAGGAGGGCCUUCGUUAG